CAAGUUUAAGCUUCCAAUAAUCUAGCUUUGGUCAAAUUCGUUAUGCUUUCUUGUACGUGUCUCUUCUUAUAACCAAAUCACACUCCCUCAUCAUCGUACCCGCGCCAUGGCUUCAAACACAGAAACUGUCAUCGGUCCAUACAAAGAAGGAAGCAACAUUGCCAACCAACCUACCGUCACUAGCCAGUUUUCCAUGGAAAGUCUACAGCAAAUAAGAUCGGACAUAUCGUUUGAACCAAGCAAGGUUGUUGAAAUCGAUCAUCAGACAACAGGUGCGGCUAUCCCGACCAUUUCUGAAGUCGUGGAUGCCAGGUGCGAGUGCUGUGGGAUGUCCGAAGAGUGCACGCUGGAGUACGUAAGUGGUGUGCGGGACAGGUUUGUGGGGAAGUUCAUGUGCGGAUUAUGUGCUGAGGCGGUCAACGAGGAGAGGGAGAAGAACGGAGGGAAACGAGAGGAGGCGUUGAACGCUCAUGUGAGUGCUUGUGUUAGGUUUAACAGGUUUGGACGGACGUAUCCAGUGCUGUACCAGGCGGAGGCGAUGAGGGAGAUCUUGAAGAAAAGUUGUAGGACAAGGAGUAAGUCAGUAAAUCCUAGCGAUAAAGGUAAUGAGCCGAAGAAAGGUGGGAUUGCGAGGAGUUCCAGUUGUAUGUCGGCCAUCACGAAGGAGAUUAAUGGCCGGUAGAUGGUCAAUUAUUAACUAUAAUGUAUUUUCCAAAAUCUCAUGUACUAAGACAUGUUCUAAGGUUAGCAACAAAUCUGAGGUUUGAACAUUAGAAAUAAUGUUCUAAUUAAGGUUUAUUUCCAAGUUUAAUUAGUUCUAUGAGCUGUUGCUCUCUGUAAGAACUAGUGAUUCCUUUAACUUCGUAUAAUAUCAGUACACUUUUGGGAUUAAUUAAGAGCGCCAUUGUAU